UAAGGUAGCCUACGGGUACUCAUUUCCUUAUUGCUCUGAUAACUUGGGUGCAAGAACAAUAGUUGAUUAGGAAGCCUGCAUUCCGUGAAAAGACAGGCUGGUUCUCUGAAGAGAGCUGUGAGAUUUAGCCCAUAUUGGAACAGAGAAAUAGAUAAACUUCCGAAGUCAAUAAAAUGCAUAGGUUUCCAUCCGUGAUAAUUGUGUUUGUCAGCAUUGUGGCUAUGUGCACUGGUACUGAAGGUGAAAGCAAAGCUGCCUUGACGAGAGACUAUGGGGUGAAACUGUGUGGCAGGGAGUUCAUAAGAGCAGUAAUCUUCACCUGCGGAGGAUCCCGGUGGAAAAGAUCUGGACAGGUGGAGUCACUUCAAAACAGCAACAAAAAUCCUUUCCUGCUCAGUCCUAACAGCGACCUCUCAGAGAGUCGGGACAGUCUGAGCUGGAUGCAGAGCGCACUGGCAGCCCUGGAGCAGCCUCAGAAGCUCAGCACUUCCCUGGCGGACCUUCUCAAAGAGCUGGGGGACCAGAGCGACUACGAAUCAGAGGCCGAACCGGACCAGGACAAGAAACCGCAAUGGGAGAGCAGGUGGAAACAGGGGCUGGUGAUGACGCUGGGGAGCGGUCCCAAAAUCCCCUGGCCACGUCCCAACAGACAGAAGAGGAACUUCUCUUUGGGCCUGGCAGGAAUGUGUUGCAACCAGGGCUGCACCAAGAACGACAUCGGGCGUCUGUGCUGAGGCAGAGGGGGGAUGGAGUGGCAGUACAGACGGGCUGUGCUGCUCUCGGUCCUGCAGCUUUAUUAAUCCCAUCAUUGCUCAUGACACUGGGUGCCGGGAAGAUUAUGAGUCCAUGUGAUGACAAUUUGGGGUGUUUCAUUUAAAAGCUUGCAAAUAUCCAGUGUUAAUUCAGCCCUUAACAGAUAACACUUGGUCCAACUCUGGGAUGUGGGACCAAAUGUUAUGUUAAAAAGUUGAACUAACACUGUCAGAGUUGAAUUAACACUGGACGUUUUUUACUGUGUAUUUUUUUAGGAUUGGGAUAAUUUGUUUAUUUGUUUAUUAAUUUUUUUAAAUUUAUUUUGCAGGCCUCUAUCUAUUUUAUACUUAUAGUACCACUGGUGUUAUUUAUUUAUUUAUUGGGGUAUACAUUAUUUAUAAAACUCUGUAAGAAAUCAUGAUGUUAAUUAAUAAAAGAAAAAAAAAAAACAAUCCCUCUUGAAGCACCCAAAUGAAUUGAGACCAUUGAUCAUUAGCAAUACCUGGCUGAAUUACCCAGGUGAUAGAAUACAUUACAUGUGAAAAGCUGUUAAAAUCCCA